AUGAAGCUUCUACCAAUUCUAACAGUCGCAGCAAGAAAAAGCUCAAGAGAACCAGAUCCACGAAGCGAGUCUUAUCCAAGAGAUUUGGCGCAAUUUAGACAGGAAGAAAAGAGAGAGCAAUUUAGAGCGCUCAUUAGCGGUGAUUUACAAUGUAUUCCAGAGGAAAACCGUAUAAUCGGGGGUCAGUUCGCUGGUGCUCUAACGUGGCGUUGGCACGCAUUCCUGCCCCAACUUUUCUGCGGUGCAACGGUUCUUGAUUCCCGGACAGUUCUCACUGCUGGGCACUGCUGUUACAAAUUCGAGGGGCAGUACAGUACUGGAGAUUUGGUCGACAGAUACGAUGUUGAAGUGGGAAUGGUUAAUUUGAACGAUUUGCCAGGAGAUAAUCCGGGAAAUGCGCACAGAAAACUUUAUCGAGCGCAGAGAUUUGUCAGACAUCCGGACUACAGGGAGGAUUCGGAAUCGGCGGAGAACGAUGUUUGCUUGAUUUUCACGAGAAAACCAAUCAGCAUGAAUAACGGCGUUGCUCCCGCCUGUCUACCAGACGACGGAAUUCCCGAUCCAGAUGUCGACCUAUCCGCUGAAGCUCCACCAGUCUGUUUCACCGCUGGUUUCGGAAAAUACGAUUACAAUGUCCAACAACUUUCAAGCAAAUUGAAGGAGAUGAAGGCGAACAUCUACGAUGUUGACCAGUGCAAUGAGAAGUUCGAGGAUGUCUGGGGAUACGGCAUCCGAGAAGAGAGCGAAAUCUGCGCAGGAGACAUUUCUGGCACAAAUUCCACUUGCUCUGGUGAUUCAGGUUCUUCCCUCAUCUGCAUUGAAAAUGACAUGCCCGUGAUUCGCGGUGUCACGAGUUGGGGAGUAGACGGUUGUCGACGAGCAGGCUUCCCGGGCGUCUUUGCUCGAACGAGCAACUUCCUUGAUUGGAUUAAAGACGAGCAGCGGAAAUUCAAGAUGGAAGCGAAUGGGCAAGACAUUUGCGACGAGGGCUUAGCGAGCGACUGCUACAAUGGCUGCGUCAAGAGCCACAUUCCUAACUGGGGAUCGAAUGGAAUUAUGGGAACUCCGAUCAAGGGAGGAAGCUGGGAGUGCACCGAGGGGGCCAACACUUGCAGCUACAUCUGCGACGAGGGCAGUCAAGAUACAGGAAUCACGACGAGAUGCGAUGGUGGAGAAUGGAGGGUUCCAAAUAAUAGGCAAUUGAAAUAUGGAGACUGCCGCCGAUGCAAUCGUCGAGACUGGGAUUUCGAAGUCAAAGAAAUCGAGAAAAAAACUGAUCUCAAGUUUGUCUGCAAUCUUUCUGACAACACAGAAGUCGAAUGCACGAUUUGGUGCCCGACAAAAGCGACUGGGUACAAAUUGAACUGCGAUAGAAAAAUUCGACUCAGUGAUGAUUCCUGGAGCAGGAACAAUUGGAAUCCCGAGGACUUGUGGACAGACGAAGAAGGACUAAAGAUCAAUUGCGACGAUGACUCAUUCCCCGCUCCUCCGGGAGAGCCAGAAGUACCAACGGGCCCGGACGGCCCAUCGGGACCAGAUGGACCUGAAGAACCUAAAAACCCUUGUGGUCCAGUCCCUCACCCGACAGUUGGUGGAGAAUGGAUCUGCGGAGAAGAAAAUGGCCGUGAAACAUGCCACCAUACCUGUCCUGGCGGAAUCAGAACGGACAUUGUCACUACUUGCAUGGAAAGUGGCUGGAGUGGAGUGAGCAAAGGCGUGAUAAAAAAAGCAUCGUGCGAAAAAUGCGUCUUGAGCGAUCUUCUAGCGGAUCAUCCUACUGAUGGAGAAUGGGAUUGCACGAAUGAUGGAACUAGCGUUGUUUGCUCCUUGGAUUGCUCAAAUACAGAACACAGUCCCGAGGAUGUCUCAAAAUUCGUCUGCGAGCGAAAAAAGGGAAAAACAAUCCUCAUCGGUGCCCAAAGAUGCGAUGCUCCUCCAGUUGUUCUUCCUGAAUGCGAUGUUGCCUCUUUAGAGGAAUAUUUGAAGGGUAAAUACCCCGACUACGUGUUCGACGAAGCCGACUGGAAUCUUUCAAAACUCGACUCAAGCGGCAAAAUCGCCCACAAUUGCGCGAAAAACAAGGGCAAAUGCAAAGUCAAGAAAGGAAAGGUCUCCUGGAAUGUCAAAGUCAAGGGCGAUCUCAGCUGUGCAUAA